UCUCUUUUUGUUAGUUCCUGGUUGUAUGUGAUAAGCAGAGAAACGUCAGUUCAGUAACCUCCAAACGUCAAUUUAAGAAAUAUUAACAUUUCCCUAUGAAAUUUGAACAGUGCAUUUAGUAAUUUUAUUAGUGACGGACUUGAAUAAUUCCGAAAAGAUUCAACCUUCCUACACCAAAUCUGUCGGAGGACUAAGCUGAUAUAAUCAUGAUUGAGUCCCCGACAUGGAAUUCGUCGCGGAACCAAGCAUUCUACAAGGCAGCUGGGGAGAUGCAACUGCGAAAGUAUGGCAAGUUCUUUGACGAACUGUCAUACCCAUCACAAAUAGAUUCGUCUUCCUUGGAAUUCAUCCUAGAAGGACCUGUACGCCUUCAAUACAAUGUUCAGGAAGAUAUUGGGAUUCCUUCUUUGGUUGAGAUGGAGAACAAGUCUUUAUCGAAGCUUUUAGCUGCUGCGGCAGGUACCUGUCGAGAGAUAAGGUUUCUGGAAUCUGAAGCUGGAAGGUUUUACAAUAAAUUGUUUGUUCAUGGAGAACGGAGUGAUGGAUUUAAUGCAAAAAGUAUUGGAGUGCUUCUAUCUGAUUUACAGGACCUUUCUAUGUAUGUAAAUCGAGUUUCUGUUGUUAUAAAUUUAACAAUUCAACAGCUAUCAAGCUUAGCUAGUGGUACUGGACCUGGUGAAAUUUACCUACCUAUUGUCAUUGAACAUUUAAUGAAACUUUUUGUUAUCCCUAUCACAUUAGAUGAACUAAUCGAUGCUAAUCCAGCAAUUCUUGAUCAAUGGGAAGAGUAUCGUUUAAGAGUACGUUCAUUUGCACACAAUCCUGAGCAAUUUAAUGUAACUGCUGGGCGGUUAUCCACGUUUGAGAAAGUCCUUAAAGAUCUAAAAGAUCAACUACUGAAAAAGAAUCUCUUUAUUCGAACUCUCGACAGUUCCAUGGAAAUAAACAAAAGCUCAAUAAUGUACGAUCACAUUGUAACUUACUUGAAAAAUACAAUGACAGACAUUGAGGGUAAGUUUACAGAUGUGUUAGCUGUAAAGAAGAAGUGGGUUCGCAUAAGUGUUGGUGUAAUGGUUGUGUCUAAACUCUUUGGCAAUACUGACAAGAAGCUCAUAAAAAGGAUUUGGGAAGUGAGCAAGAAGUUCUAUGGAGUGACACUGGUGGGUAAUAUUUUCUGGGUACCGAGUAAAUUCCUGUUUGAAUUUUUCCCAAAAGAAUGUGGUAGCUUCAUCAGUACCCAGGUUGGCGAAAAGAUCUUAUGGACAAGAACGACAUCACUUCCAACGGUAACUAAUAACCUGGUGCAGAAAGCGAUGUCCUGGUGCACAGAGAUGUCUCAUAUUCUAAGAAGAACAUCUACCAAAUUUCGCAUAGUGGACUUGGAACGUAAACGUAAUCUACUUGUAGAAUUGGUAUCGCUUAUGGCUGAAAUCCGUGAAAACGUCGAGUUCAUAACGAAUACUCAUGCUGCCCUGGGUAAACCGAUGAACCGUUUUACUGUCAAUCUAGUAUGUAGACUGGUCGAGGUACAAAAAACCUUAGAAACAUCAUUCCACGUUUUGGGAGCAUUGAUAGUACAGUCUCAAAUAGAUAUUGUGCAACACUUGAGUUAUCAAAUUCUGGCUUUACUAGAAACAACGAAAAAGAGACUUCUCCAGAAGGACAAAAGUUACAACAGAGAGAGAUUGGAUGCUCUUUCUCUAAUAGGACUCAGCAUUCGCUUAAUAAAUGGACCAGCCACAGUGGACAGAAGAUUGAUAGCUCGCUGUGCCCUGGUAUGUGCCAGUCAGAUAACAGAGAACUUCAGAGAAGAUGAAGUGAUUAAACUAAGAAAUUAUCUAGACCAAUACGACACCAUCGUCGACCUGGACGAGCAAGUUAACUUUUUGUGUGACUACUCCAUACUGCUUCAUCACCAGAGUAUGCUCCCAGCGUACCUAAAUCUAGUUACAGACAGUAAUCUGAACAUCAGCCACAUAGUUCAAUUAUUAUCAGCAUUUAACAGUGCCCUGGAAAAACAAGAACCGACAGAUCUAACCACAGCGAAGAUCAGCGAGCAGCGGAACAUCCUGAAGAAGAAUGUCCUGGAACCUGCUUGUCGUGAAAUUGAGACCAGUUUACGAUUGCACGUGCAUGCACAUUUAAAACUAGACGAUGCAAACCCCUUCGAAAUCGGUGCCAAGGACGGCACCAGGAUAAUACGAUCCUCGCCAUUACCCCUUGCCGAGAACAUGAUUUGUGCUAAACGCUUUGUGGAGCACUACCUGGAUGACAUGUUCUACAACCUCACUACAGUGGCUCCGCACGACUGGAGAACAUACGAUACCAUGCACCAGCUGGCAAAGUACAAGCUAGGCCUGGAUACGGUGCAAAAUCAUCUGCCUACGCAGACGCUGGAUCAGGGUCUGGACGCUCUGGAGAUAAUGCGAAACAUUCACGUGUUUGUAUCUAAAUAUUCCUACAAUCUAAAUACGCAAACGUUCAUCGAACGUACCAGUGCCAAUAAGCAUUUGAAUACCAUAGGUAUCCGACAUAUUGAAAAUUCCAUAAGAACACAUGGUACGGGCAUAAUGAGCACUACCGUAAACUUUGUCUAUCAAUUUCUGCGUAUAAAAUUGCAUACCUUCUCGCAGUUUCUCUUCGACGAGCACAUAAAGUCGCGUCUGAUGCGUGACAUCAGGUUUAUCAAGACUCAACGAGAGAACAGUGCCACGCCGUAUACGUAUGAACGCGCCGAAAAAUUCCAGAAGGGAAUAAGGAACCUAGGGAUGACACCCGACGGCCUAAGUUACCUAGACCAAUUUCGACAGCUGAUAACACAAAUUGGAAACGCGUUAGGAUACGUAAGACUAAUACGUUCAGGUGGUCAGCAGGCUCGUUCUAACGCAAUUUCAUUUCUUCCCGACAUAAACUCGUCUGUCUUCUUCGAAAACCUCUGCAAGAGCCUCAACUACUCGGAGACAACGCAAGCAGCAGCGAAGAGACUCGAGGAAGACAUCUCCAAUCUCGUUCGUAACUUCACCGAGGGUAUCGAAUACUUUAAACUCCUGGUGGACGUAUUCGCCUCGUCAUUCCGCGACGCGAAGUCCAGUCACUUACAACAGUUCUACGCUAUAAUACCGCCGCUCACCCUGAGCUUCGUCGACAACGCGGUAUCGAGCAAGGAGAAGCUCUUCAAGAAAAAUAAGACUGGUGCAGCCUUCACCGAUGAUGGCUUUGCUAUGGGGAUUGCAUAUAUUAAUGCUCUGCUGGAUCAAAGUGCCGAACUUGAUGGUUUACAAUGGUUCGAUACUGUCGAACAGCAGAUCAGCUCAGAGAAGAUCCUGGCUAAGAGUAAGGACGAUCAGGAGGACAUUAAAUUGCAGCAGACCAGAGCGUUAACCUUGAAACGAUUAGAGGAUCGAAAUGCUGAAUUUCAAUUACUCUACUACAGCCUUUCGGGCGCCAGGGUCUUUUUCAAGCAAUCAGAUUCGUAACGUUACGUGUUCGCUCGUUGCCAUAGCGUUAAGUUUUGCGAUUAUUUUAAUAUUUUAUUAUAUAUAUAU